UAACUAACCUGUCAGCUACUGAUUCUGAGCCUCACGGGGCGCCACUCCAUCACAUAGCCACGUCGCCCGGCUUGAACAAUAAACACAGCUGCGUUAACAGAAGUUUCAGCCAUGUCAGGCCAUUGCCUGACCCUUUGGCCUAACGGUGACCUCACAGACUCAGAGUCCAGCUACACAACUCCAGACAAGACUUUCAUCGAAGUCCGGCCAUUCAUCAGCAGAUCAUCGACGUUGAAGAAUGCCUUCAUCGUCUUUAAAAAUGUCGGCGACCAGCGAGUAUUUAGAGGGCCUAAUAGACGUGACUGGAGGGUUCUCAAGAUUCCAGGCUUUGAUGUUUGCGUCCGUAAGCUUUAGCAAAGUUGGACCCGUAUGGAGCAUGCUCGUUAUGACGUUUGCUGGCGCCAUUCCACCAUGGCGAUGUGAAAAUGACGCCAACAGUAGUACGUCAUACAACCAUACGAGUUCUCACAACAGCACGUGGAAUCUGACUACAAUAAUGGAAAUGUCUCACAUCAACAAUGUUAUACUUCAUUUAAUAAUUCUACAUCCGAUGCGUGUACCAACUUCCGGUUUGAUGACAGCAUGAAUACAAUCGUUAGUGAGUGGGCCUUGGUCUGUGACAAAGAUUGGGUGCCCUCCACCAUUACGACAAUCCAGAUGACUGGCCUCCUGAUAAGUGGGCUCGCGGCCGGCCACAUAGCGGACGGAAUCGGCCGGAAGCCAACCUACUUUUUAUCUUUACUGCUGCUUGCCUUUUGUAACGCAAUAGCCGGAUUUUCUUCUUCCUGGAAAAUGUUUGCAGCCAUGCGAUUUUUGCUCGGGUUCGGGACCGGAUGUUACCUGACCGUAUUUUAUACAUUUAUGAUGGAGUUUACGCCUUCCAGACAUCGGCCUAUAGUCGUCGCCUUCCCAUCCUGGGCAACGUGGGCAUGUAUACUUGGAUUCCUAUCCAUGUGGCUCCGUGAUUGGCGCUACAUCCAUUUCGCUACAGCUAUAAUGACUGUACCCUGGGUAUUCUUUUGGUGGAUCACACCCGAGAGUUUCCGAUAUUUGGUAUCCCACAAUCGAAUCAACGAGGCGAAAGAUAUUAUACGUAGGAUGGCGCGCAUCAAUGGCAGACCUGUUCCGAACGUCAAGGAACUUCGAAUGCUUGCAGAUAUUGACCAGACCCCAGGCAAGAAGUACUCGAUAAGGGAUAUCCUAGCAUCGAAACGACUUCGUAAUUACACGUUACUGCUUGGCGUCGGAUGGCUGUCGUGUGGGUAUGCCUACUACGCUAUCUCGUUCGGCGUGCAGAGUUUAUCAGGGAAUCUGUUCUACAAUAUGUUCCUUAUCACCGUAGUAGAGGUACCGGCUCAGAUGUCUACUUAUUUUCUUUCCAACAAACUUGGGAGAAAACCUACAGCACUUGGGUUUUUAAUGAUAUCCAGUAUUUCGUCGGUGGUCGUCGCCGUCACACAAAUAACAGACCUGGAAAUUAAGCAUGAACUGAUGAAUGGUUUUGCGCUCGCGGCCAAACUUGGUGUUGCUGCUGCGUGGUCAGCCCUUAUGUUACUUACCACGGAGAAUUACCCGACAGUGGUCAGAAAUAUUGGAUUCGGAUUACAGUGCUCGAUCAGUAGAGUUGGCGGUAUGGUGGCGCCACAGGCUGUCUACCUGAAUCACCACUUCCCUGGUGCAUUGUAUUUUAUAUGCGGGGGCAUGCUUUUCCUAACAGCAUUGUGUACAUCCUUCAUACCGGAAACCAAAGGCAAAGCCAUGCAAGAUGUCAUCGACGAAAACUCCACCAGAGACAGACGCACCCAGUUACAUUCUUUGCUUUCUUCGGACUCGCCAUCCGAUGAUUCGUCCGGGAAUGUCGCAGAACACGUGCCUUCGAAUAUAUCAAAACCAUGACAUGUUUACAAGCAAAAAAAAAAACUCGACAUAUCUCAGGAAAAAUAUUAUUUGUAUAAAGAAAUAAAAUAAACAUGCAGCUAAAUAUUUGAUAACUUUUAAAUGAGGUAUUAUAUUAUCAUACAUACACCCAUCGUGUAUUUCGCAGGUAAAUGUAUGUAUCAUUAACUUUUCGUUUGAUACCUAGGAGGCUGUUAGCGAUUAUCAAAAGUACGCGACAAUUUUCAAAAAUACUCAUGUAAACUUAUAACCUGUUAAACACUAACAUCGGUCCAAAGAUGAAUAGCUAUAAAAAGACUUAGCUCGUAAAAUAUAUAAUAUGGAUAAAAACAUGUUAUAUGAGACUAUUAAUAAUUGUUGUUAAUAAAAAGAGCAUAUUCCCAUCGUAA